ACUUUAUUAAUUAGGAAGUGAAGUAGCCCCGUCUUAUUUUCUCGAAAUGCGUAGAUCAAUGCUAAUGAUGUGAUUACUGCCUGGAUUCUUGUCAAGGGAAAUAGAAAAACACGACUUUUGCCAUAUAGCGAGAUGGACUUUUGACUACGGCAAUCUACUGGACCGAGGGAAAACCUUCCUCCUUUGUCAACAGUGAGUAGAGGCAGGCUAUUGGUUGGUUCGAAUCAAGCUGUCUUUCUAUCUCUGGCUCUGGAAUUGACCUAGCAUCUACAGACGUUCUGCCUGGAACAUAGAAUAACGUUCUUCCCUUUCCGAUUCCGAUCUUCACUAGGCGUGAGAACUCUUAGGUAAGCUGCAGAGCAGCAGAAGUGAGAAUUGGAUUGCUUUGGAACUCUCCAAUAGCGUUUUCUUUGCUGGCUUCGUAAUGGAUUGAGGAGCCUAUUUGCCUAAGCGAAUCCCAUUCACUGAGAUAGCGCUGCGCUGGCUUUCAAAUGGAUCAAAUCUUCCCCCUUUCUCUCGAGGUCAAAUCAGCUAUCAUCCAAACGGGGUUUCUGACGAAGAUGCUUUCUUUCGUAUCGGUCGUAUCAGGAAGUGAGAACAGAACUCUUAUAUUAUACGAGUGAUUUCUAUUCUAGCUGGCACUUCUACUUCGGGUAACCUAUUACAAGGAAUGUUUUCCUGGCCCCACUAACUAUGAAAUUCUUCGAUUCUCAUCUCAUAAGAUCUGCCGGUUCGCGCCGCACUCUUGCUUGAAACUCUACUUUCGACUCUCUAGAUGACCCUGACACAGAAGCCGAUUCUUCUUUCGCUUUCAGAACUACUUUGGAGCAGCUACCACUGAUUCCGGUGAGGUUGGAGGUGCGAACUCAAUAAAAUAAUUGGAGUUGGCCAUCGGAAAGUUCUAUUUGGCAAGCAGAUAGGACAGUCAAGGUGCCGGGAUACGAUUGCAAGGUACCAACAGCAGCUUCUGUUCGUGGAUACGCCGGUGGAAGGUCAGCAGUGCCAGUCAAGGGGUUCUCGUCCUUUGGGCAAGCUUUGUUGAGAUGUUCGUGGAGCAGUCUUUCGUUUCAGGAAGCAGGUCAAGCAUCGGAUUAAAGUAGCGGGGGAGAUUUGAGAAAUCGAUUUGCAGAACAGGACGGAAUAGGCAUUCUAGAGAAUAGCCCCGCUUUUCUUAUGCAUAUGCAUGUGCCAGACUUUCUCUUUUAAGAAAAACCCUUUUUCUCUUUCUUUUCCUUCCUCCGAACAAGUCAUCUUCCUCAUCCGAAUGAGAAUUUACUGAUUGCCAAACCACCUAAUUAUCUCUAUGAAGGACGCAUGCUCACACAUAAUGGGAAUUGCAUAUCCUUGGGUUUUUUGGAGAAGAGUCGCAACUCGAAAGAGCCAAGAAGGGGAGAGAGAGGAUGCGCUAAAAUAAGGUAGACCGGACGGGAGAGAGAAGCGCCAUACUCGCAUUAGAGAAUCAAGUCAGGAGAGGGAAGUAGACGACAAUCAUGAAAUCGAUAUGCGGGAGAAUACACAAAAGAUAGGCAAUAUACUCCACCUAGUCGUUCUGUUUCGAAAGUAGGAGAAGCUAUCACUUUCACUCAAGUCACUCUAAGUCUAAGGAAGGGUUAUAGCCAUAUCUGUUUAAGGAUCUGUCUUAAAUGAGACCUAAUCCCAGCCCCCUUUUGAACAUACAUUGUUGGAUUCUUCUUCUAAUGAUUGGGAGAACCCACGCCACACUAAUGAAUGACCUCUUUAGAUUAGAAGAAAUAGAGGAACAUGCGUCUCCGAACGAUGCAGUCUCACUACGACCUGGAAAUUCUCUUAUUCCCCUAUCCAAAAAGGGAGUCAUGAUGCCAAUGAACCCCAACCCUGCCACACGCGAAACACACAGCGAUCUAAAUGCAAAGAAGAUAUGAUAUAUAUGGGCUUUUGGAUUUUCAAAGAAAGCAUGUUGUUGUUCUCCGAACUCUUCCCUCGAAGAACUUUCGAUAUUCGCGCGCCCUCAUCCACGUCUUAAAUAUUGGAAUAAACCAGCGCAUUGAUUUUCUAUUUAUCAUAACUUGGGCUUACCACUGGGAAUUCACCAUUUCUCCAUACAAUACAGCUUUGAACUUCACUGAAAUUACAAAUCGAUUCCUGGCUCGAGUAGAGUCUAUGACAUCAAAUGAAAAGAGAAUCCUAGGUUGUUUCAUAGGCAAGACAAUCAAAGCUCUUUUAUUCUAUGAAUUAUACCUCAUUGGGUCUGAAUCUGUUCUGUAGACUAGCCCCGUCAAUCCUUUGCUAAAUAGUCUUUCUUCAGUCGCCGAUGUCACCUUUGGUACCGGAAAUCCUAUAUGACCAUCGUUGCUGCGAAUGGUUCUCUUGGGGCGGCCCACCUAGAACUAACUCACUUGAGUCCUUGACUACAUGAAAUGGGGGGUCUGACUGGCAGGAAAAGAAUCGAAUGGACGGAAGAGCACUGUAGCAGAGCAUAGAGAUCCGAAGCAAUGCAUUCAGCAAGAUAUCAUGGAUUGUCGCGAAAAGCUAGGAUGGAAACUGGUUAUUGGCUAUGGCCCAAGCUAUUGUCUUGCAGUGGAGGCGAAGCAAGCAUACUCAUCAUUGAGGUCCCACCUGUCUUUGUUCUGCCUUCCUAUAUGCUUUUCACAGUCUCGUGAGGGAAGCUUGGCAAGCUAGCAAAUGCUGGGUGGGGAGGAGAUAUCGGCGAUCAAGAAACAUAUAGCCGGUUAGGUGUGACUUAUGUGCAGAGUGCCUUAGUUCAAUAAACUACAGCAGAAAAGCUCAUUUCUUCCAGCAUCAUUUCUUCUGUAAUUAGAUUAGAAUGGAAGCACAAAAUUCACUGUGCUAGCAUGGUACUGUCACAAAUCAGUGCUGUGAAUUUCUUUGUACUACGGAGUGGAGUGCUUUAAUCCACUCGAUUCCCUUGGGGAAGCAGAGGAGUAUUCAGUGCAACUGUACCCGCAACCGAGCUAUCUGAAAUUGCUAACUCACCUCUGUCUCUUGAUACGACUAUUAUUGAGGGGAGGGAGAGUCCAUUCAUUUGCCCAUCCUGGAUAACGGGUAGAGAUCCUAGCGGUGAAUAAUAAGAAGCCUUUGGAUUUCAUCUAAGCUGUUGACUCCCAGUAUGGGAUGGGAAGACUGUGCCUAUCUAUGGCCUCUCUUUGUUAACGCCUUAACCUCGUUGCAGGUAUUCCGUAAAAUGAAGUCAUCUAUUAUUAGGUAGCAAUUCAGGAGCCUUUCCUGUACUUGAAGGCGGAUUAGCAAGGGAAUGAAUCUGAUGAAGCUGUUCCUCCGCUAGAAUAAGGGGGGCAUGAUCGCUGAUGCAGAAAAUCUCUCCCGGGGUGAGACCCAAUAACGAAAAUCCAUGAAGCAGUGAAAAUAUAGCCUGGUUAGAGUGCCCUCCCUCUCCUUUAAUUUGUCAUAGUUUGUUUGAUUUAUCAAUGCGAAGAGUGAAUCAAAAAAUUGAACUAGUGCGCUAAGUACGUUGCUACAGACCGGAAUGGAGAAUGGCAAUAGCAUUUGGAAGGGAGUGUUUCUAUUUCAAUAAUUAGACAACAGCCGUCAGUCAAAAUACUGAUAUCCCCCUCGUUCACUUAAGUGGUAAGAAAUGCUUUAGGUGAACAUGCAUGCAGCAAUAAUUAUGUCUUAUUCAAUUGUUAUUGAUUCCUACUCCGUACUUGACUAUGAGAUAGAGGAAGGAUCUUAUAAUUGCUUAUAUAAGCGAAUUCAAAAUUCUAAGACAUAGGUUUCAUUAUGCGGGGCGUAGCGAAAGCAUUCAACCUUCUAGGACUAAGCCUAAGGCCUAUGGUCCCUCAAAAAAGAGAGAUCAAUCGUUCCUUACUUUACUGCAAGAAAGAACACAUUGAAAGCUACAAGCCCUUACACCAGGGAUGAAGUAGCUGCUUCGAUAGGACCAGGGACACUACCAGACUGAGUUGAGUCUGACACUAGGGAACUUGGAUUCAUAGUACGUGCUCUACGUGAUACACAGACAGAUAGAAUAGCCGGAGUACGGUAGGAAUGGACUGCUGCCAAGCGAGUGGAUUUAUGAACGAGCCAUUCAUUUCAUUUAAGUAGAACCGCCCCUUCUACGCCGCCUACUUACUUAAUAAUCAAUUGCUCGAGCACUUAUUUAUCUUUAUUUCAAGUAAUUUACUGUCUGCUUCGACUGCCCUCAAUUCAUUGAUUCGUAUUGCUUUCACUACUCCUACUGAUGACUUCAUGACUUUCCUCCUUCUAGGUGCUUCAAAUCUACGUUAUCAAUACGGAAGAGGGCCACCUUACAUGAAGCCCGCCCACCUUACGGGAAUGGUAGUAGGGUUGUCGAACCGUCGUAGUGAGCGGGGUGUGUUGACAGCUUUCACACGGGCAGGACUACGUGUUAAAGUCGAUGGCGAAGAAGAAGACAGGGCUUAUCGGGAAGAGGGGGUAGUAUGAGUAGGAGGUUUGAUUGAUUUCAUUCCUGAGUCUUCUUUCUUGCAUUCCAUCGUUACUUGCGGUGCAAUCUGGAAGUCUCAAAGCGAGAACUGAUUUCACUUCUUCCACUGAAUCCCAGGCUUGAGGGCUUCACCCAUUUUAUAACCCCGCGGUAAAUUAUUACUUUAUCAGUUUCUGUGCUCAUGAGAACUAACAACAGAUCGUCACCAGCGUCUGCAAGUACACAAAGGAACUGCUGAGUUAUGUAAAAGCCGGUUUCAUCCCUUGGUCAUUAUGGGGCAGUGUCAUAGUCUACACUGAGAACAGUGAAUUUCAUCUCAGGAACGAGAUCUAUAGUGGCAAGGCGGUAACCGCACAGCAUAAAGAACUCCCUAAGAGCAUGGAGUGAAUAUCCUACUCAUCAUCCUUGAAUUAGUAGCCAGCCCAAGCAUUGCCGUGUACUUUGCAAUAUCCGAAUGUGGGUCCGUUCAGUUGGAACACGACUUCAAAGCCUUCUGACGAAGGUGGAGAUAAGAUUACCCGAAUGAUAUAACGCGGAUAAAUAAAAGGAAUGAAGUUGGGAUCAGAAAUUAGUUGCAUUGGUGGUGUGGGUAACCAAAGCUGGGUGCGCGUAAAGAUAUUGGUAAGGACAAUCUCAUGCGUGGCAUCUGAUGCAGUGAUAAGGAACUCAUUUGAGGUGAGGAGAUUUCCGAGUUGAUCCAACUGUCCUAUCUUUCAAUUCGCUUAUUGAAUUUGUGGGCAAGGACGCAUAUCUUCAGCUGAGGAAAUCUUCAGUGGGCUAAGAGAUCCAGGGUUAAUCCCUGAUGUGGUCACAUAUAGAAUAUGAAAAUAUCAGGAUGCUGCGGCGAUUCCGCUAGAGCUUUUGAGCUGCAUGAAGAAAUGUCAAGUUGCUCCUCAGAAAAUUAGUAGAAUAGUUUCAUUGGCCUUCGUCAAUGGGACAAACGCUCCAGUGUAUGCGUUACAGUUACUGGGAAGCUAGCAUUUUUGCUUGUCAUGGAAUCAAGUCUAUUUGUUCGAAUGUUCUUUUUUUGGAAAAACCAACCACAAAAAAAGUCUCCCUUUCUCUUGGAGCGGAGCUUCAUCAUAAAAGUGGAGAGUCACAAUGAGAUUUAGUGGAAUGGAUAUGAAGGGUAUAAAUAUGCUAUUUGCUGCUAUUCCAUCUAUUUGUGCAUCAAGUCCGAAGAAGAUCUCAAUCUAUAAUGAAGAAAUGAUAGUAGCUCGUUGUUUUAUAGGCUUUCUCAUAUUAAGUCGGAAGAGUUUAGGUAAGACUUUCAAAGAAACUCUCGACGGGAGAAUCGAGUCUAUUCAGGAAUCAUUGCAGCAAUUCUUCAAUCCUAACGAAGUCAUUCUGGAGGAAUCCAAUGAACAACAACGAUUACUUAAUCUACGGAUCAGCUUGCGAAUUUGCAGCACCGUAAAAGUAGUAGAAUCAUUACCAGCGGCACGCUGUGCGCCUAAGUGCGAAAAGACAGUGCAAGCUUUGUUAUGCCGAAACCUAAAUGUCAAGUCAGCAACACUUCUAAAUGCCACUUCUUCCCGUCGCAUCCGUCUUCAGGACGAUAUAGUCACAGGUUUUCACUUUUCAGUGAGUGAAAGAUUAGUAUCCGGGUCUACAACUUUGGUAGAAGCUUCUACCGUAGAACAAAUUCGAGAGGCCUUCUUAUUAGAACCCAGAGACCUAAUUCGAGAAGGCUUUAUAGUCCUCAGAAAGGUGAGGGUGGGGGGUAUCCCUGGGAAGAGAUCCUGUGGAGACGGGGUGGGCCUGUAG